AAAAGCUUUUAUUGUGAAAACCCGAGCGGCGCGGAAGUUGACAGUUAGCAUCUCCCGUAGCUACAGCAGUGAGUGUGUGUCUGUGUGUGUGUGUGUAUGUGUGUGUCCCGGUGUGAAGAUGCUACCUUUAUCGGUUAAAGACGACGAGUACAAACCGGCCAAGUUCAGCCUGCUGCUGAAGCUCUCAGGAUGGUUCAGGUCGAUCCUCGCGGACAAAACGUCCCGGAAUCUGUUCUUCUUCCUCUGCCUCAACCUGUCGUUCGCCUUCGUGGAGCUGACCUACGGUAUCUGGAGCAACAGUCUAGGUCUGAUCUCAGACUCGUCUAUGUUCUUUGACUGCACCGCUCUGCUGGCCGGCCUGGCAGCCUCCGUCAUCUCCCGGUGGAGGUCCAACGACAGCUUCUCCUACGGGUGAGACCGGCACUCUGCACUCUGUUAGUCAGGUCUGACAGCAAUCAGCUGCACUCUGUUAGUCAUGUCUGACAGCAAUCAGCUAGCUCUGGAGCCCCCAGAUGUCCACCAUGACCGGCUGCUUCCUGUGUCUAUAGCCGGCCUGCUGGUCAACCUGGUCGGGAUCUUCGUGUUCCAGCACGGAGGUCACGGGCACUCUCACGGGGAGGAAGGUCACGGCCACAGCCACUCUCUGUUUAACGGCAGCGCCAACCACGGACACAGUCACGGAGGACACCAGAGCAAACACGAUGGACACGGACACAGCCACGAUGGACACGGACACAGCCACGAUGGACACGGGGGACAUGGGGGACAUGGACACAGCCACGGGGGCCACGACGAGCCUCCCUGUCCCGACGAGCUGCUGCACACUCCGGGGAAAGGAGCCAGCAAACAGAUCCUGCAGGGUGUGCUGCUCCACAUCAUUGCUGACACUCUGGGCAGUGUAGGUGUGAUCAUCUCUGCUCUGCUGAUGCAGAAAUACGACCUGAUGAUCGCUGACCCCAUCUGCUCCAUGCUCAUCUCCCUGCUCAUCGGAGUCAGCGUGGUGCCGUUACUGAGAGAGUCCAUCGGCAUCCUGAUGCAGAGGACGCCCCCGUCGCUGGACCACGCCCUGCCCGAGUGUUACCAGAGGGUGCAGCAGCUGCAGGGCGUUUAUAACCUGCAGGACCCUCACUUCUGGACUCUGUGUUCGGACGUUUACAUCGGGACGCUGAAGCUGCUGGUUGCCCCCGACGCCGACACCCGCUGGGUCCUCAGCCAGACACACCACAUCUUCACACAGGCUGGUGUUCGACAGCUGUACGUUCAGAUCGACACAGCGGCAAUGUAGAGGCUCUGCCUCUGAACCCCUGGGACCAAUCACAUUCAGUCUGCUGCAGGUGACCUCUGACCCCCCCCCCCCGAGUCUCUACAGGAUGGACUAAGAACUGUACUGAUCUCCCAUGAUGCACCAGUCCAACUCAAACAGACCCCACCCCUUUUUUUUUUAUAAACUUACCUGUCCGUAUUAUUGGGCAGUGUGAUGACCCCCCUCCCUCUCCUGGCUGCACUUUGUAGACUUGAGCAAAGCAUUCUGGGUAAGUGCCUUCAUCAUGAAUCAGAGACAAUCUGAGCCGCCCCCUCCCCCCCCUCUCUGACAUCACCAUGUGUGAUGUCACAGUGUUUUUAACGUGCCAAACCAUGUGACCAAACUGUAAUAAUAAAUCAUUCUGUUUCUGAUUAUU